AUGCCAGGAUUUCUUCUUAAAGUGCAAGUACAAAUUAGGAACAAGAACAUACUAUAUACUCUACCAGAGGAACACAUCAACUGCCAUCUCUGUCCUUGUUAUCUACAGCUGUACAGCAGCUGCAAGUUUGUCCUUCAGCUGUACAGCUGCUGCAAUUUGUCCUUCAGCUGUAUAGCUGCUGCAAGUUUGUCCUUCAGCUGUACAGCUGCUGCAUGUUUGUCCUUCAGCUGUACAGCAGCUGCAAGUUUGUCCUUCAGCUGUACAGCUGCUGCAAGUUUGUCCUUCAGCUGUAUAGCUGCUGCAACAAGUUUGUCCUUCAGCUGUACAGCUGCUGCAUGUUUGUCCUUCAGCUGUACAGCAGCUGCAAGUUUGUCCUUCAGCUGUACAGCUGCUGCAAGUUUGUCCUUCAGCUGUAUAGCUGCUGCAAGUUUGUCCUUCAGCUGUAUAGCUGCUGCAAGUUUGUCCUUCAGCUGUACAGCUGCUGCAAGUUUGUCCUUCAGCUGUACAACAGCUGCAAGUUUGUCCUUCAGCUGUAUAGCUGCUGCAAGUUUGUCCUUCAGCUGUACAGCUGCUGCAAGUUUGUCCUUCAGCUGUAUAGCUGGUGCGACCAGUUUGUCCUUCAGCUGUAAAGCCAGCUGCUGUAAGUUCGUCUUGAGCUGUAUAGCUGCUGCAAGUUUGUCCUUGAGCUAUAUAGCAGCUGCAAGUUUGUCCUUCAGCUGUACAGCUGCUGCAAGUUUGACCUUCAGGCUGAAUCAGUAUGAAGCUGUACAGCUGCUGCAAGUUUGUUCUUCAGUUGUAUAGCUGCUGCUGCAAGUUGUCCUUCAUCUGUCCUCCUUUGAGUCUAUGCACAGAUAUCAGAUUUCUGCUCAAAGACUUGAUUAUGUUGUGAUAAUUAUGAACCUUUUCAUAAAUCUGUUUUUUUUAUGUGAAUAAAAGUGAACAUUUCUCCAUAAUUCAGUGUUUUCCAGUUAUUUUAAUACAAAUAUUUGUUUUAAUGUGAUACUGUGUAUAGAAAGAAAUUUAACUGUAAAAUAGGUAGAAUAUAAAACUAGCAUGAAAUAUAUUUUAUAAAAAACAAGUCCUUGGAAAUAAUCAGCACACACCUUUCUCCAAGAAAUUGUUUUAUUAUUAUUAUUAUUAAGACUGUUAUGAAAUGAUUUUAGAAUAUUUAUAUAUACAAUGUUUGGAGAGAAAAUGGUUGGAUGAUGAGCCCAUUAGUGCAUCUCUUAUUCAGUAUUCUUUAUAAGGACAGAAUCUUAAUGACAUCCUGAAAGGCUCAGUGACUUAAUUCUCCACACAUUACACCUGUCUGCCGUAUGAACAAUGUGAUGUUAAGUGGUUAUUUACUCUGGAAGCCAGUCUUGUUACCACUGCAACCAGGAUUGGUUGCCAUGGAGAUGCUUCUCGUAUGGACCAUCCUGUUGUCUUGCCCAUUAAAAUCAUUUGUCGUGUCGUGUAUCAUAUCAUUUUGAGAAAUAAAUUUUUCCAGAUAAUA